AUGUUGUGGCUGAAGGAAAUGGGAACUGUUCUUGUUGUUCCUGUGGGAGAUGGUGAGUACUUUCUGCUCAGUGCCAUGGCGGGGAGAGAUGUUGUUUUGAACUUUACUGUUGGUCUGAGAGAAGAAAUAAUCGGAGAAAGCAAAAGCCAAUUUUACAAAACACAGAGUAACAAGUAUCAACGAAUGUUAGAAUGGUAAUAAUAAUACAUUGAUCAAAUAAAUUAAAAGAUAACAAAAACUGUUCAAAAUAAUGAUACAUGCAAGAUGAAGAUUAAAUGGCUAUCAGACUUACUGAAAAUUAUAUCCUGCAUAUUCACUCCUUGUUGUCGAUUUUUCAGUGACAGCUGUGCUUGUUUCAUUUAUAGGCUAGAAGGUAAAUGCAUUAUUAGGUUAUAAACCCAGAAUUGGUGGAUGUAAUUGCAGAAGUUGAAAGAUGAUGAUUAUGAUGAUGAUGAGGAGGAGGAGGAGGAGGAGAAGGACGACGGUUAUAAUGAUGAACGCGGUGAUGGUAAUGGUGAUAGUGACGAUUACAUUGCUGGAGCUGAUGACAAAGACAAUAAUAUAAAUGGCAAUGACAACUUAUGUAUGCAAUGUAAGAAAAAAAAUGACCACAAUGAUGGUGAUCAAUGGGAAAAUAUGAGGGGUAUAUACCAACACAUCUAGGAAGUGGGGUGGAGAGCGUAGGGAGAAAUGAAUUAGCAUCCUAUUUACUGUAGGAUCUAGCCCAGGAAACUGUCUAAAGAUCUGAAAUCUUCACAGGAAGGGUGGUGGUAACAGAUAGGGGUGGCGAAUGGUACCUCGAAUGGUAAAACAUGGGUCUCGGAAAAUUUUGGCAGGAUCUCGAAAUCUUGGAAGCGUUUUUGACAAGUCUCGAAAUCUUGUUUUUGCAUGGUUCGUUUUUACUUUUUUUGAGUCUCGAAACUUUUUACCAAAGAGUCUUGGGCUCGGAUUUCUAACAAGGAUCUCGGUGUCUCAGCAAGUCUCAGAUUUUACCAUUCGCCACCCCUAGAGAUCUUACCGAGGGGAAAAUUUCAAUAAUGUUUUUGUAUUCUGGAACACCUUAUUAAAUAUGGCAUCCAUGCGUGUGUACCUGAAGGGCCAUGUCAGUUUCUAAGAGACCAGGGGCAGACAUGAUGCUGUGUGUUGGACUGGCCACUUUGAGUCGGCUGACUGGUGAUUGACUCUUGAGGUAUUGAUGCCGAACAUGUGUCUGUUUCUGCCAUUCUUCAUUUUUAACAGAGGGUGAGAUUAUUCUUCUGUAAAGUUGAGCUAUACUGUAAUCAUCUUCAAUAAGUGAAGAGGGGAAACAAAAAUAUUUUGAGGAAAAAAUACAUUAUGCAGAAGUCAUUAUAAUAAAUUAGCUUAUAUGCAUUUCCAGCUGGUUUUUACAACGGUAUGUACCGGUAUUUUGUUUGAGUUUCCAUUAUUCUCAAUCAGUUUCACUAAGCAGACAAAAUCUUUGGGUUAUUGUAUUUAAAAUAAGUAACUUACAAAAAAAUACCCGCAUGGCCUGCAUGAACUGAAAAAGGUUUUUAAACCCUAUUUCCGCAUAAUUCUGCUCUUCAUGAGUGCAGCUGCAGUAAACCUAUUGAAAAGCUCAUGGAACUAUUAAUGUUCGAUUUCUAGGCACAGUUCAGUCUGGCUCAGUAUUGUGGGGCCGUAGGGUUUAUCUCGUGAUACGCAAUAAUUUUAUGAUUACCUGUUAUGCCUAAAACAACAAGCUUUAAUUUGUUAACUAGUCAUUAACAAAUAACUAAACGACCUAGAGUUGAUCAAAAGGCCGGACAAACAUCAUCAAAACAUUACUCAGUGUAUUUUGAUUUACUUUUUGAUUUCCUUUUGAAAUCAAAACAUGAGGGCAGCUUACCCAUUCUAGUAUGCGUCCUCCCAUAGCAACAAGGUCAGAUUUAAGUUAAUUUGUUCCAAAUUCUUGAGCAAAUUGCAAUGAAGUAGAGCAUCAUGAAGAUUUUUCACCACAGCGUUCGAAGACUUGAUCGUACAUUGCCUCACACAUUCCGAAGUUCCAAAGAGAAGACGCGCUGCGGGGAAGUAAUGAAAGCAGCAGUUAUCCCAUAAAUUAAAAGACCCCUAUCGAGUUCUUUGAUUCGAUAUCAAUAAAUUAUGGUCAAGACAUCUAAUGAGCGUGUUGUUGACAAUAAUUUGUAGAGUUUAUGAAUAAAAUUAGCAUACUUCUCGCGUCCAAGCAACGAAGUCGCGCGCUUAAAGUAGCGCGGUCACUAAGCCUUCAAAUUCAAAAUGGCGACCUCCAAGCCAAAGGUAGAGUUUGAAAAACCUACAAAGGGUUUUUUGGAUUGUAAUGUUUAGCAGCGCUACAACUCUUUGUGCUUUGUGGUUUACUUUCAAGUAAAUGAGUCAGUGUAAUGUUAGACUGCAUUAAUUCCUUACAGAUUGGAGGAGAGGACACAAAUAUCACAUUCGAAGAUCAACAACAGAUAAACACGUUCGCACGAAAAACUGCAAGAAUGCAAGAACUUCAGGACGAAAUAGACGCGAAAAAGGUAUGCAAGAAGGCGCAGCAUAAAAAAGGCCAGCAUUUCUUGGAAGCUUUGGAGUAAUGCUCCGUGGUUUAAGAUAAUGAUUUUCACUUUUUGCAACCUUCCUAAAAGAGCCUCACUGAGCUAUUCUUGGUUUGCAACCACGUGACAAGGCGACCAUGUUGGGGGGUCAAUACAAUAGAAAUUUUACUCAAAAAAUUUACAUCAAAAUGGAGUUUAGUUCCCAGGGGAGAGAAGUGCUUUUGUUCUUGACCGCCAACAUGGCCCCUGUGACAUCACAUGCAAACCAGCGAUAUUAAAUUUAAUUAAGCUUAUAUUACUAUAUUUUUGCUUCUCUCUCUGCAGAAAGAACUUCAGAAUCUUGAGGAUGCUGGUGAUGAGCUUUUGAUGCUAGAGGACGACACAGCACCAAUACCAUAUCCUUAUUUUCUUUUUUAAAAAAUACAAUGCUCACAUGUGGGUUCUGUGGUAUCUUUGAGCCAUCGCAAGCACUCAUCAUCUGACCCUCACUUCUGCCAUAAAGGGCAAGUAAGAGUACUCUCAUCAAGAAAGGUUUUGAUUCGAGCAUGUUCAAAACUCAGACCGGAUCAACUCAUUUACAUAUUCGGAAAACAAUGGGAACUAUUUUUCCUGUAAGUAUGUAAAUGAGGUGAUCUGGUCCAAGUUUUGUACCUGCCUGUUUUAUUCUGCAGUUCCCCCGAUGAUACAGCACACUGAAAGACCAAAGCUCAUGAUCUAUCUAUGUUACACUUACCCUAUCCCCACCAUCAACAUCAACCACUCUACCACCCUUGCACAGGUUUUCAUUAAGAAGGCUGCACUCUUAGAAACAAUUAAUUGUAGGGAACCCAAAGCUCUGAAACUAGCUGGAAACAUCUAGGGUCCUCAGUAUAUGAGUUUUACGCAAAACUUUAGAUUUUCUAGUUGCCUGAAGAAAAAGGUGAGUACUGUCAAGGCAGGGGGUUUCCGGGACUGUUCUUUUACCCUUUCCUUGCACCGGCCAAUAGUAUUAAGACUGGUAUUGCAAGACCUCUUUCAGGCAGAUUUGUCACAAAUGUCAUGAGAGAAGAGGAAACAUGUGGACUCAGCUUCUUACAGUUUUAUUCUGCAUUACAGCAGACAUUGCUUCUGAAUCAGGCUAAGGUCAUACUUCUUUGCACAAUUUUGGCUACUACCAAACACACUAGUGACUGAAAUUUAACAAGAGAUCACAACGAUGAGCAGCUUAAAACAGUAAAGCAACACAAAAAUGCAGGAAAGCUGCAAUAAGAAUGUGGACUGGUAGCUACUGCAAUGAUCUAGACUAUUUUAUUCCUUAAAGCUUGAAUUAAAAUUUAAGGGCUCCAAUUUUACCAAACCACCCCCUGGCCAACCCAUUCCUUUUUUGAGGGGAACUUUUUCAAAGAAGUUUUAAAAUCUACCAGAAAACAGUCUGCAUAGCUGGUAGGAUUGUUACAUACAGGGUACAUGUACUUUUUGGAGGUGGAGCUGUGAGGGAUUUUUUUUGGCAGCAAAACCUGCUAAAUCCUGCCAGGUUUGCAGGCUACCAUAAAACUUUGUCUUAUUUAGUUUUGCAGAAAAGUUGUUUGCUUUCUUAACAGUCCUUACUUAUAGAAUAGGGGAGGUGUUCAUUCACCUGUCUUCAGAGGAAACUCAGGAGUACCUGGAGAAUGCAAAAUCCAAGUUACAGGAAGAAGUCAAAUCUCUGGAGUCACAGUCUGGAGAAGUCAAAGCUCUUUUAGGAGAUUUGAAAGUGAAACUUUAUGCCAAGUUUGGUAAUAACAUAAAUUUAGAGGCAGAGGAAGAAUGA